CGCUUCCUGACUUAGCUUGAGCUAUGUGCCUCAAGCUGUUGCUUUUGGCGUGCGUAGGCCUUGGCGAGCGCAUCCCAAAGGUUGAGGAGGUAUUCAUCAUCGGCGACUUGCACGCAGAUAUCCACUGUGCAAAGCAUUGGGUGAGAAGAAGUGGCUAUGUGGAUCUGGAUGCCUGGACCUGGACGGGCGGAGCGAGCGCUCUGGUCUUCAUGGGCGACUACGUGGACCGCGGGCCCUUCUCGCGCCAAGUGCUGGAGCUGGUGAGAAACUUGACCACCAGCUUCCCCGAGAAGGUCUUCGCCUUGAUGGGCAAUCACGACCUCUACUUCCUGGCGGACGCUGUGCUGCCGCAGGGCGCCAGGGAUCUCAUGGGCGCCCCGGUGCAGGACUUCAGCUACGCCUUCAUCCAUCCGGAGGAGUAUCUGAAUUGGAUUCUGCCGGGUGAGCAGGCCGAAGCUUCUUCGAAGCUCUCCACUCUCUUCGCAGCUCUGGGGGAGGUCUAUGCACAACAGCGUCGCAAACGAGGACCUGUGCCUGUGAUGCUGAAAGAAGAAUUUGGCCAGAUGAGUAUUUUUGACUUUGCGCCCUUGCGGCACAACGCCACGCUGUCGAAUGCCCUGAACCAAAGCCUGCACUUCUGGCAGCGCCGGCUCGCGCGAGGCAUGCGAGAUUCGGGCCUGGCGCGGUGGCUGGCGGAACGUCCAUUUGCCGUGGAACUCGCAGGAGCGCUCUUUGUGCACGGCGGCCUGCCUGGCAAAACCACGCGGGAGCAGCUGGACAUGCUCGGGCCGCUAGGGGACGGUGACUUCAGCGAGCUCUUCUCUUCAGGGCGAUUGGACCUGCUGCACGAGGCGGUCACUUAUCGGGGCCUUCAUGGGGCCGCUGGUUGCAGCGAAGUCGACAAGGUGCUUGACCUCUUGCCUGACAUUGAGAUGAUCGUAUUGGGUCAUACGCCCGGCGAGGAGGUGCGCCGCUCCUGUGGGAACCGCCUAGUGUCAGCUGACAGCGCCUUAAGCCGAUACUACCGGGCGUAUGGGAACCACUACUGUCCCGUGCAAGUGGCGGCUGAGCGGAAAGGAGCUUGCCGAAGGACCGUGGCAAAGCAGUGCGCGGGCCAGGCCUCUCGGCUGCGUGGGGGACAGCUGACACCUGUGCCGAGUGAACCAAAUCCUUACGAGGCCUCGGCAAAAAGAAAAGCGGGUCGUCUGAUAAGCGAAGCGAACGCCGAGGAGCUGUGACGCGGCCAUGGCCCACCUUCACGAGGUCCUUGGCACACUGACGUGCGCUGGCUUGACGAAUUUGCGUCGGAAGAGCA